GGCACACUGCUGCACACUGAGCGGCUUGUUGCUAACUAGCUGAAUCACUUUUGUGUCAGUCUCCCUCUUCUCGUUUGAUUGUACGUGUCUUGCGGUGCAAUGGCGGCACGAUACGACAGAGCUAUCACUGUCUUCUCUCCCGACGGCCACCUCUUCCAAGUGGAGUACGCACAAGAAGCCGUAAAGAAGGGCUCCACUGCGGUUGGAAUUAGAGGCAAAGACAUUGUGGUCCUCGGCGUUGAGAAGAAAUCUGUGGCAAAGUUGCAGGAAGAAAGGACUGUCCGCAAGAUAUGCGCCCUGGAUGAGCACGUCUGCAUGGCCUUUGCAGGUCUGACAGCAGAUGCCCGUAUUGUGAUAAACAGAGCUCGGGUUGAGUGCCAGAGCCACAGGCUAACUGUUGAGGACCCAGUCACAGUGGAAUACAUCACACGCUACAUAGCCACACUGAAACAGCGCUACACUCAAAGCAAUGGCCGCAGGCCCUUUGGCAUCUCUGCGUUAAUUGUUGGCUUUGACGACGAUGGAACUCCCCGGCUGUAUCAGACAGACCCAUCCGGAACCUACCAUGCCUGGAAGGCAAACGCAAUUGGCCGUAGCGCAAAAACUGUGAGGGAGUUCUUGGAGAAGAAUUAUACAGAUGAAGCCAUUGCUGGGGACAACGAGACGAUCAAGUUGGCAAUCAAAGCUUUGCUGGAGGUUGUCCAGUCAGGAGGAAAGAAUAUUGAACUUGCUAUCAUCAGACGGAAUCAGCCACUGAAGAUCUUGGAAUCCAAGGAAAUUGAGACCCUGGUGGCAGAGAUUGAGAAGGAAAAAGAGGAAGAGGCCGAGAAGAAGAAGCAGAAAAAAUCCACCUGAAGCAGUUAACUUAAGUUUUUCUUUGUUGCACUUGGAUGACAAUAGUAUAUUUGGGUUGCAAAUAUCUGUAUGUUUUCAGAGGCUUUACUCUUAUUGGUUUGUUAUAAAGUGUUGAACCAUAACUUGAGAUCUCCACCAGUUAUAGAGAAUCAUUAGUUCCUAUACUUCCAGCAAGUGAGUUGACUGACGUGUAGAAGCACAUUCCUUGAUCUCAAGUUAGGGUUUAGAUCUUUAAACUACACUUAAUGGAGGCUUUUAUAUCAUUCACCAAACAGCUGGGAUGGUGAUGAAUCGCAAAUGUAGAAAUAAACCAUUUGUAACAUUCAGAACCAUAACAAAACUUAAUUCUCAAUAAAAGCCGACUUGUUUGUA